AAAUGUGAAGAUGGAUGAGCUGGCAGAAUAUUUGAGAUCCAGGCAUGUGGAUGAAGAGGCUAUACAACGAAUGGAACAAGACAAGAUUGAUCCCACUGUAAUAAAGCUGAUGAGUGAUGAGGAACUGAAGGACUAUCUACCAUCAUACGGUGAUCGAAUAGCUGUAUUUGGACACUGUAGACGACAAGAUCUUGAGGAUACCUUGCCACUAAUUGAGGAAGAGUUGCCUAUUUUUUUGAAUAUGCCUGAAAAUAACAAAACCAUCAUUGUGGUUCAUCGAGGCCAGAUUCUUCAAGAGCUCAUUCAAGUGUUCAGUAACGAUGAGAUGAUGAACAAGAAAAAUGUCCGCUUUAAAGUAAUUCUUCCUGAUGGAAAUCUUGAAAAGGCUUUAGAUGAUGGAGGUGUAGUAAGGGAUGUGCUGUCAGAGUUCUGGCAAGACUUUUAUGAACAGUGCACCAUGGGAAGUGACUUCAAAGUGCCAUACUUGCGACACGACUUUGGAAAGGAGGAAUGGGAAAGUGUAGGUCGAAUCAUUGCUUUUGGCUGGAAACAAGAAAAACAACUUCCAAUAAAACUUGCUCCUGUUAUUCUUGAGCAAGCUAUUCUUGGAGAUGUGGAGAGUGAUCUUUUAGAUAGUUUUCUCAAGUAUGUAUCACACUCGGAGCGAGUCAUGUUUCAAACUUGCUUUUCAGAUUUUGAAAGUAUUGAUGAAAAUGAGUUAUUAGAAGUUCUAGAUCUCCAUAAUUGUCGCAGACAUCCAACAUCAAACAACAUUGAGCAAAUCAUAAGAGAGCUUGCUCACAAGAAACUUAUUCAGGAGCCUGCAUUUGUCAUUGAGCAGUGGAGUACUGUGCUUGUGGAGAUGAAGUCAGAGCUGAAGGGUAUAGCAGCAGCUUAUGAUGCACUGCAGCCAACAUCACGCAAAAUUAUGCAAUCGCUCACUUAUCCAACAAAUCAAAAUGCUUCUGAAAAACAGAUAGUUAAGUAUGUCAACACAUAUCUUCGAGAGUGUGACAUGCCUCAUCUUUCCAGGUUUCUUAGGUUUUGCACAGGGUCUGAUGUAUUUACAGGAAAAGACAUCACUGUCUCAUUCACAAUGAUUAAUGGCCUUCAGAGAAGACCUGUUGCUCACACUUGUGGUUGUUACUUGGAGUUGCCAGUUACUUAUGAGAGUUACCCAGAUUUUCGUCAUGAAAUGAACAAAAUACUGGAGAGCAAUAUUUGGGUGAUGGAUAUUGUGUGAUUUUCAUCCUAAAUCAACAAAAAGGUUCAUGUGCGUAGUUA